AUGCGCAAUACCAUACGUGUAUCAGAAAGCUUAACAUUUCCGUUUCACAAAAAUCGAAACCAGCCGGUUUCAACUCCCGCUAUUAUCUUUCAGCAGACCAACCCAAUGGACUGGACUCGACCUGAUCUCCCAAGCAGAUGCAACUAUACAGUGAGGACACCGCUGGAUCAAAGUCCUCACGUACACAAGGAUUUCGCACCCCCACCUCGUAUAGCAGCUAACGCGACUGAGUUGAUAGGUAACACAAAACUAGUACGACUUAAUCGGAUCCCACAAAGUGAAGGAGUUGAAUGUGAAAUUGUGGCAAAGUGUGAAUUCCAGAAUAUCGCUGGAAGCGUAAAGGACCGCAUAGCAAAGCGUAUGAUUGAGGAGGCGGAAAACCAAGGCUUGCUCAAACCGGGCGAUACGCUGAUUGAGUCAACCUCCGGAAACACAGGUAUUGGUUUGGCCUUGGUCGCGGCUGCGAAAGGUUACCAGUGCAUUAUUGUUAUGCCAGAAAAAAUGAGCCAGGAAAAGGAGUAUGUGCUACGGGGGCUAGGUGCAGAAAUCGUGCGGACGCGAACAUCAGCGGAUUUUGAUGACCCUGAUUCCCAUAUCCGGGUGGCUGAAGAGCUGAAACGGAAAAUUGGUCCCACUGCUCACAUCCUGAACCAGUACACAAACCCAUACAACCCAAUCGAACACUUUGACCAGACAGCAGAAGAAAUACUACGGGAUUGCACUGAAACGAAUGGAAAAAUACGGAUAAACAUGUUAGUCGCGGGAGCUGGCACUGGUGGCACAGUGACCGGUCUGUCGAGGAAAAUAAAGCGCAUACAGCCAAACUGCCAAUUGAUCAACCCAAUGGACUGGACUCGACCUGAUCUCCCAAGCAAAUGCACCUAUACAGUGAGGACACCGCUGGAUCAAAGUCCUCACGUACACAAGGAUUUCGCACCCCCACCUCGUAUAGCAGCUAACGCGACUGAGUUGAUAGGUAACACAAAACUAGUGCGACUUAAUCGGAUUCCACAAAGUGAAGGAGUUGAAUGUGAAAUUGUGGCAAAGUGCGAAUUCCAGAAUAUCGCUGGAAGCGUAAAGGACCGCAUAGCAAAGCGUAUGAUUGAGGAGGCGGAAAAUCAAGGCUUGCUCAAACCGGGCGAUACGCUGAUUGAGCCAACCUCCGGAAACACAGGUAUUGGUUUGGCCUUGGUCGCGGCUGCGAAAGGUUACCGGUGCAUUAUUGUUAUGCCAGAAAAAAUGAGCCAGGAAAAGGUGAGUGGAAUGAUGCUUCGAAAUUACAGUAUAAGAGAGCUACCGUAG